AUGUCUCAAGACAGUGAAAUCGAACCCAUUCCCCCAGUCAAGGACUUGGCCAGUAGUGAACCGUCCGUCAGACGAUCAUGUCUUAAAAAGAUCCUGUCGCACCUCAACGACCGUGCGCCUUCGUCUCCACUGACGCCGACGCAAUGUCUUCAACUCUGGCGCGGAUUCUACGUUGCACUGUACAUGCACGACAGCAAGAACGCGGUCUCUGUGCAGAACUUGACCGCCGAGCUGGCGGGUACCGUCAAGACCAUGGCGGCGAAGGACGCAGAGACCGACGACGAUGGCGAUGCCGGAAGCGAAGGGAAACCAUCUUGGUCAGAGACAUGGGCCGCCGCUUUUUGGGAGACCAUCUGCCGCGAGUGGGUGUCCAUCGACCAGUGGCGCUUGAACAAAGUGCUACUCCUCGUGCGGUUCUUUUUGAGAGAGACAUUUAACGUCUCUUUUGGUUAUGUCGUCACGGAUGAGUCUGACGCCAAGAAGGGGUCGAAGAUUCUGAUCUCAAGGCAGAGACAGGUCGUGGAGACGUGGCCACUGAGCCCGCGUGAGCGAAAGGUUCCAGACGGGCUGAGACUCCAUGUCCUCGAUGUCUGGGCUGAUGAGCUUCUCGGCCAAUUCGACGCAGUACACAAACAGUUUGAAUCUGAGAACAUCGACGCCGCAUUGCAGGACGUGGCGAAGGAGUUCAUGGCACCAGUCGAAACGAUCAGCAGGAACGCGUUGAGCAAGGGCGUGAAGACGAGGGCCAAGGAUGCAAUCCAAGUCUUUCAGGAGAGAUUCCCGUCGUGA